AUGACAUUAAUCCACCCUGGAAUUGUUACGAAACUAUGUCUUUGGUCUCUUUUGGUCUCAGCAAAUAUUAUAGGGAGAAAAUUUAUAAUUCGGAAAUAUGAUGGUGUUGAAGCUAUAGUAGGUGUUAAGAAAAAUAUGUCUAACAAAUCGAAAGCCCCCUGUCGUAAAAUUUGGAUUGCUUUAUACUGGUUGGGUCCGUUAUUUAAUACUUUAAUUAUGGUAUUGCUGAUGUACAUCGUAGAUACGGAGCCAGAGGAAAUGCAAAAAAUUAUAAAAUUAAUGCAGAAUGAAUUCAAAGAUUUGAAGGAAAGGGUGUCUAAUAUCUUAAGUUCUAAUAUACCGGAGGAAUGGUAUUUUAAACUUAGCGAAUUUAAAGGAAAUAUUACCCAGUUGAUCGAUAAUUAUGCGACGACCAAACUUGCUUUUUUUUUAUUACUAGGUUAUUUCAUAAUCUCCUUUGUCAUUGAAGCAAAUAGAUAA